AAGCAAGAAAGGUUUUUUUGUUUCUCAGAACGUAACAUCGAUUCAUGAAAAAGGAAGAGACCGCCAGUCUUUAGAUAACAUUGGACAUGAAAAGUUCGAAAUAUGAUGGAUACCGAGAUUUUGAAUGGGCGGUGAAACUGAACCGUUUCACUUUAGAUAUCCUUGGACUUUGGCCUAAGAAUAUACAAAAUCCUUGGCAAAAAUUAAUAUGCAAUCUUCGAGCGUUGAUAUCUGCGAUAGGAAUAUUGAUUUGUCUAUUUAUUCCUUCAAUAUAUUCCUUGAUAAAAAUUUUUGGUGACAGUUUGCUAAUGCUAGAUAAUUUACAAAUUACUUUACCAGUAGUAAGCUGCUCGAUUAGAAUUAUACUUUUUUGGUGGAAAAAAGAAGCUAUUAUACCGAUUAUGAAUAUGGUCGCGAAGGAUUGGAUGAAACCAAAAAGUGAUCAAGAGAGAGAACUAAUGAUCCGAUAUGCGCAUAUUGCACGCAUAAUUAUUAUUUUUUCCUAUUGUAUAAUGGGAUUACAGUAUUUUUUUCUCGUCGUACUGCCUAUAUUUGGAUUUUCUUUGAGACUGACUACGAAUAUUACUGAUCCAGGUAGACCAAUGCCUGUACAAAGCCAUUAUUUUUACGAUAUAACAAAAAGGCCACAAUACGAAUUGACCUUUAUUAGUCAAGCAAUCUACAUGAGUAUUGGCAUGAUGGCUUAUACUGGAAUAGACAAUUUUCUCAGCCUCCUAGUUUUUCAUAUAUGUGGUCAAUUAGAUAUUCUCAAAAACCGUUUGCAACAUUUGGAAAAAUUUAUAAAUUAUCAUAAGGUACUGAAGUACUGCAUAGCGAAACAUAUUCGUUUGCUUAGAGCUAUUGAGAUUAUUGAAGAUACAUAUAAUACAAUACUUUUGUCUUUAUUUAUAUAUUUUAUGAUUCUUUUCGCUUUCUAUGGUUUUCGGCUAAUUAGUCUAUUCGAUGAGGGAAAUGAUAUGUCGGUCAUUCACUUAAUCUAUUUCAUAUCCAGCGUUAUUAAUAUAUUUGUACACAUGUGCCUAUAUUGCGUUCUUGGUGAGAUCUUAGUGGCCCAAUGCAAUAAAAUGUAUUAUGCGGCAUAUAGUAAUAAAUGGUAUACCAUGGAUCCAAAAGUUGCAAAAGAUUUAUUGUUCUUAAUUACAAGAGGUUCUAAACCAAUCUAUCUCACUGUUGGAAAAGUAACCCCUGUUACAAUGGCCACAUUUUGCGGUUUAGUGAAAACGUCUGUUGGUUACAUGUCCGUUUUGCAUACAACAAGGAGGUGAUAGAAAAAACGAGGGAAAAAUUUAAAGGUUUUGUUAAUAUUAUGCAAUUUUUGAUAGAAUUUAAUAGACGUAAAGUAUUAAUGUGUUAUUUGCAAAUAAAUAUAUCUUAAUGCAUUAUUCAAGUGAAAUAUGUCUAAAAUUCUAUUAAGUAAUGGUAAAAUUGUAUUAAAUAAUGUAUGAUUUGCGUUUAA